GCCAGAUGAAUGCCUGGCAUGCAAGGACGUCUGCAACCAUCCCCAUCAUCACUGACUGUUGGAUCAGCUCACUUCCGCCUCUGAAGACGGUAUAUAUCUCCUCAUGCAGAGGCACGAUGAUUGCGCGACGCUGCUUUCGCUAGGCGUUGCCUUCAAGCCGAUGUCAGAGUACGGUCUGCUGCCACUCGCCACACUCCGGGCAAAAUGAGAUCCCUGACCUAUGCGAAAUCCUGGAAUCUUUCUUUCUACGCUCAUCAUUACUUGAGCGUCGCUACAACCGACACAAGCUCUAAUGCGACGACAGCAGCUUCUGCGUCUUCUUCAAUUCCUUCCUCUCAUUGCCGAAGCUCUGCCGAGCGUCGAGGAUAGAGAUCAGGGCAUUGGACAAUGCCCUUUACCGUCGCCGUGGGGAUACCUGACCACAGAAACCGCGUGCCCAGCACCGCUGAAUGCGCCUGAGAACAUCACCGACUCUCUGAAAGCCGACGACACGGCGACUGUCGACGGAUUCGUUAGCUUUGAGGAAUGGAAAAAGGUCAAAUUCGCCGAGAAGGAGAACACGGUACCCAGUCUCAACGUGUCUCGGUCCAACGAUUCGGACGAGCCCGAUGAGGGUACUGGCAGAUCCAACGCAAAGGUUCAUGAAGUAGUCUUGCCAGGCUCUUCAUCCGGUCCUGAAGGAAGACCCAGACCUCAAAUACUGUCCUACAACUUUGCAUCUCCAGAUUGCUCGGCAAGGGUUCAAUCUUCUUCCCCUCAAACCCAACAUGCGUCCUCGCUGCUCUCGAAAUCGCGCGACAAAUACAUGCUUACGCCUUGCAAGGCGGACCAACAUUGGGUGGUCAUUGAGCUAUGUGAUGAGAUCCGCGUCGAAGCUGUACAAAUCUCCAUGUGGGAGUUCUUUAGCGGCAUCAUCAAGGAUGUCCGACUCAGCGGAGGCAAUGACGAUGGAGACGGAGACGAUCUCGGCUUCGUCGAGAUAGGCAACUUCACCACCAAAAACGCGAGGGGAUCACAGACUUUCUUCUUACCCUCACCCACACCAUUCCAUCGCUUUCUUCGCCUUGACUUCGCAUCCUACUAUGGCACAGAAUACUAUUGUCCGGUCUCCCAGGUCAAGGUCUUUGGCAUGAAUCAAUUGGACGCAUUCCGAUGGGAGCAGAAGAAAGGCACGCCAGUAGUGGUCACCGAGCGAAAGCGCAUUGAAGAAGUCGCCGCUGCCUCGCUGCCCAAGCUAGAGGUCAAUCUUCCCGGUGAUGGAUCUCUCGAACGGCUCCUGGCUCAGUCAAAUUUGACGUCUGAAAAUUCCAGUACAACAUCGAGCAGCAGUCUGACGGAGGCCGCCGUACCAUCUGCGGGUUCUGGCGAAUCGAUCUAUGCCUUGAUUGUUCGACGUCUGUCCGCACUGGAGGGCAAUACGACACUGAUCGCGAGGUAUAUUGAAGAGCAGAGUGGGAUGAUGAUGAAUCGGGUAGAGCGAAAGUGGGCAGAAUGGAGGGAUAAAAGAGAUCUUGAGGAGGUGGUCGAGCGGAUGCGUAUGGAGGACCGUAUGGGCUCGAUCCUGUCCCAAUUGGAGCAACAGCGUGCAACGUCGACUCUAAUGCAGACCCAGUUACGGCUACUCACUGACGAACUAACUUACGAGAGGCGUCGCGGCCUGGCACAGCUCGUCGUGAUGAUAUUUGCAAUCCUGCUCGUAGCAUUAAGUCGGAGCAGCGUUGUGCAGCAACUGCUCGCUCCUCUGACCGAGAACGGAAGGAGGUCGCGCGUACCUUCUUUCAGAGCUUUCACUCGCAACGUCCCUCUCGAACAACGAAUUCGGCGUCCCGAGACCCCUCCGACCCCGACUUUCGGCACUGUCAGGCGACGACAUGCCUCCGCAUCCGUUCGUAUCUCAGCGGAGCACGGAGGUCGACCGAGGAGCUCGAUGCCCAUGAAGAGCCCCCGGCAGUUGGGACGUCACGCACAUUUGCAUCCACUCGUCACGAACAAACGAGCGAUGCAUUCGGUCAGUCCCCCCCGCUCGGCGGAUGAGGCGUCCGAAGUCGUGGAGUCAGACUCCGAUACGAAUGCAGGCUUUGAGACGGACACUGCAGGGAAGAACACUGCCCAAGCACCACCCACAUCGGAGCUGAAGUAUGCAUGAGCCCAUCUAUACAUCGCCUGUCACUUUCAUAGCCACGUAUUUGUAAGCCAACGUCCCUGCAGCCGCGAAAAGAAAGACGAGGUCGAACAAACGUCCGAAGACACGAAAGUCAGGCAGAGACACCAGCAACGAGUCUGUGUCCUCUUGUAAUGAUGAACGCAUUUGAACGAGGAGGGAGAUGACAUAGGUCGACUGAUCGUCAAUUGCAA